CCCCUCCACCCCCCGCAGCUCCAGCACACAGCAGCCGUGGCCUUUACCGCACCCAUCCCUGCAGCACCCACGGAAAGCUCCAACGUCCCCUUGGGCUGCCGCACCAAGAGCCAGACCUUGCCUGAAGCCAAGAGGCUUGCAGGGGCGGUCGGGAGCCGCUGCCUGCUCAGAAAUGAGGCUCUGCAGCUUUAACGCCGCCGGUGCUCCCCAGCCUCACUGCAGGAGCGGAGCUGUGCCGCAGCCGCCCAGGCUAGCGCCGCGGCUGGGCUAAGCCAAGGUGGAGGAUGGGAGCAGAACGGCACCGUCCCGGCGGCUGGCUGAGCUCCGGGCACAGCAUGAAGCGCUCCGCGCCCGCCAUCGGAUAAAGGCGAAGGGCUGAUGCCGAGCGGCCAUGGCCCGGCCCGAGUGAGCAGCAGCUGCCCGCACGGCCCCCGCCCCAGCUAGAAGAAGCCAAGACUAAGAGAAUGGACAAAGAUGCAGAAGCACUAAAGGCAGCCAGAGCAGAGCUGUGUGAAGCCAGGCGGCAGUGGCACCACAUGCAGAUCGAGAUCGAAUCUCUCCACGCUGUGGAAAAGGGCCUGGAGCGCUCGCUGCGUGCCACGGAGCAGCAGUACCACAUGCAGCUGCAGAACUUGGAAGGGGAGAUUGAGUGCUUAGAGAAAGAGCUGCUGGAAGUCAGAAGAGGCAUCGAGAAGCAGCUCCAAGAGCAUGAGAUCCUGCUGAACACCAGGAUGAAGCUGGAGGAGGAGAUAGCCACCUACCGCAGCCUGCUGGAGCAGGAGGAGAACAGGUUUGGUUGCUCCGUCCCUGCCCCGAAAGACGACAAGAAGCCAACCACCAGCAAGAUCACCUUCGUGCUGCCUGCCUAUGGUGCAAAGCAGCAGCAGGGCAGGGAGAAGGUGAAGCUGCUGACCACACAGGCAGUGCUGGAUGGAAACGUCUCGAAGGAAAGUGCUGAAGCUCAUGGCACUGUACAGACAGAAAAAGUGGAUGAGGUCAUCAAGGAGUGGGAAGGGUCUUUCUUCAAGGACAACCCUCGGCUCAGGAAGAAGUCAGUGUCACUGCGCUUCGACCUGCACCUGGCAGCCACGGACGAGGGCUGCCUGCACACCACCAAGAAAGCUCUGCCUGACAUCGAGGUCAGGCUGGUGAUGAGGAGAUCCUGCAGCAUCCCCUCCAUCAAAACCUAACCUCCAGCCAAUCACCACUAACCCAUCUCCAUCUGGCUCCGGGCUCAGCUGCAGGUGGACUCACGCAGGCUGCUGCCAUAGCAAACCUUAGGAGCACUUGGAGCAGCAGCAGGGAACCUCCAGGUCCACAGGGGCAGCGCAAGGGCCAAGGAGUUCAGAUUCCAGGAGCACAACUCCUGCUGGUUUUAUACUCCAGGUGCAGCCCUUUCUCACUGCUGUUCUUUUGUAGAACUUCACCACCACUCUGACAGGAGCUGAACUCUUUCUACUUGGACAUCUUCUGCCUUUCUAACGGAACUUUGCUUUCUCCUCCUGGAGCUGGGAAAUGCAAAUUCCAACCUCCUCCUUCCUCAAGGCUGCAGACUGCUGAGCCCCUGCAAUCACUCCUAGCAGUCCUCCUGACAUCCAUUUGCAAUUAACACUUUCUAGCAGCAAGAAUUCCAGGCAGAGAUGCUCUGAAAACACAAAGACUCCUAACAAAGACUUUUCUGUUCCACGUGGCUGGUAUUUGUGAAUUAAUUCGGGGCUGUUUUGGGGAGGGCAGAACUGACCACAGAUGCCCUUCCCUCACAAAAUCAUCUGAAGUGGUUUACAAAGCAGUAACCUCUCAGCCAUGCCUUCUGUCCACCUCUGGCUGGAGCUUUGCCCUGUUCAGGAUGCUCAACCUCCCCUAGGCUGGAAACCAUCCCUGAAGGAGCUCAGAGUCUCUCUGUCCCAGGGGAGCUGACACCAGCGCUGCAGGCAGGGCUGAGCAAGCAAAGAGAGGAGGGCAAGAGAGGGAUAAGGAAAGCCCUGAGCUGAAUUCAGCUGCAGAGCAGAGUGGACACAUCCUGGCACCCUGGGCAGGAGACAGUGAGAAGCUUCCCAGAGGCUUCCUCAGCUGCUGAUUUCUUUCUGCUUUCUCAGAGGUGAUGCUCAAAGCCCUGGCAAGGGCCUGGCUCUGGGAAGCAUUGGCAAAGCUGAGUGCCAGAAUUUGCCUCACAGCUUAGGGCACGUAGUACCCAGACUGCAAAUCCCUGCAGUGCAAAUUGCUGCUUGUACCUCUUGUUCAUGGCAAGAGCACCACACCUCUACCAGCCAUGGCUCUGUGUCUGCUGUACGAAGCUGGCUAAUGAUCAUUAAUUAACCUUAAUGCUGGUGUUGUUAAUACUUGAGUCCUUGGCAUCCUGAAUGUAGCAGCCUGCUCUGGUGUUUCCACUAUGCAGCUUUUUGGUCUGUGUGCUUAGACUCUGUAGGUUUGACAAUACUUGAAUUUCAACUCAGUUUUAAUUGCUUCGAGGCACCUUGAGCAGGGAACUCAACUUACCAAAGCAAGGGAUAGUGCCACAAUAAAGAGGAGGAUGAAAACUGG